AUGACGCACAAAUGGUGGAAGAACGCGAUUGGAUAUCAAAUAUGGCCAGCUUCGUUCAAGGACAGUAACGCAGAUGGAUGGGGCGAUAUUCCUGGAAUCAUCAGCAAGCUGGAUCAUCUCAAAGACCUUGGAGUGGAUUUGAUCUGGAUAUCUCCUGUAUACGCUUCGCCUCAGCAUGACUUUGGGUACGAUGUCGCGAAUUACGAAGCUAUCGACGAACGAUAUGGCUCUCUGGAAGAUGUGGACAACUUGAUUCGGGAAUCGAACAAACGCGGCAUGAAAGUCAUCAUGGAUCUCGUCAUCAAUCACACCAGUAUUCAACAUGCGUGGUUUACCGAGAGCAAGAAGUCACAGCAAAACAAGUACAGCGACUGGUAUAUCUGGCGGGAUCCAAAGUACGACGCUCACGGAACGCGGCGUCCUCCCAACAAUUGGGCGAAUGCCUCCCAAUUCGGCGGUGGUAGCGCUUGGGAAUACGUUCCUGAGCGGGACCAAUACUAUUUCCAUCUCUGCGUGCCAGAGCAGCCGGACCUGAAUUGGUACAACGCGGAGAUGCGACAAGCUGUGUACGAGAGUGCUGUGGAAUUUUGGUUGAAGCGAGGGAUCGCAGGCUUCCGAGUGGACAUCGUUGGUUUCUACUGGAAAGAUCCGAGCUUCCCAGACAAUGACUGCGGCGAAGAGUUGCAGCCCAUGGAAGCCAAGUACAUCAUGAAUGGUCCACUCGUCCAUGUAUGGUUGAAGGAAAUCCGACAGAAGAUCACCGAAUUGUUCGGUCACGAUAUCGUUUUGAUUGGUGAACUUCCGAUGACAACCAGGGACGAAUGUUUGAGGUACGUCUCUCCCGGGUCACAAGAACUGGACAUGACCCUCGAGAUGGAUGUCUUCCUGGUCGGAGAAGAUCCAAAUUCCACGAGUUGCGACCGCGAGCGUAUGGCAUUGCCAGUGAUCAAGGACUGCAUUUCAAAAUCGCAAAGCUUGAUCGAUGACGGAGGCUGGACCACAGCAUUUCUGGAAAACCACGAUUAUGGACGCAGUGUCUCUCGCUUCGGACCAGGAGAUGGCCCGUACAGGGACACAGCGGCAAAAAUGAUGGCCCUGCUGGUUGGCGCUUUAUCUGGAACAAUGUUCAUCUAUCAAGGAGAGGAGAUCGGCAUGACGAGCCCUACACACUGGAAUCAGCACGACUGGAGAGAUCCGGCUGAUGUCCGCCGAAUGCGCGAGUUCGAAGAAGCAGGAGACUUUGAGUCACUUGAGAAGUGGCUUCAUAACGCUCGCUUGUGGGGUCGCGAUAACGCCAGGACACCGGUGCAAUGGUCCGCUGCGGAACAUGCUGGCUUCAGCGACGCUGAGCCUUGGAUCCGUGUCAACGAGAACUACGUCGAGGUCAAUGCUGCUGAUCAAGUUGGUCGUGUGGGAAGUGUGUUGGAGUUCUGGAAAGGCAUGAUUUGGUUGAGGAAGCAGCACUUGGAAGUGCUUGUACAUGGGCGGUUCAGCUUGCUGGACCGUGAAAACGAAAAGGUCUUUGCGUUUCUGAAGAGUAGCCGAGCAGAUGAGAGGCAGCAGAUGAAGAUUGUUUGCAACUUCUCUGACGACGAAGUCAAUAUUCCGACUCCUUCCGCUUUGCAGCAGCAGAUCUGGGAGCUGGAGUUGAGCACAAGUCCUGAGGGUGAUCCCGCGAGACUGCGACCAUGGGAGGGCAGAUUGUACCGUCUUGCCGCAUAG